AUGAAAAUGCUUUGGAAACUGACGGAUAAUAUCAAGUAUGAGGAAUGUGAGCCCAUGCGGGAAGGCACCUCCAGCCUCGGCGGCAGCCUUUCCGACACACAUUUCGGGGGAGAAGGGGGGGCACGUUCCCAUCCGAAACCGCUGCUGCUUUUUGUGAUGCCGUUAGGGGCGAAGUCUAAAAAUGGAGGGAGAUCUCUGAGAGAAAAACUGGACAAAAUAGGAUUAAACCUGCCAGCCGGGAGACGCAAAGCUGCUAAUGUUACUUUACUCACAUCGCUAGUGGAGGGAGAAGCAGUACAUCUAGCUAGAGAUUUUGGGUACGUUUGUGAGACAGAAUUUCCUGCCAAAGCAGUAGCUGAAUUUCUCAACCGACAACAUUCCGAUCCAAACGAGCAAGUCACAAGAAAAAACAUGCUUCUAGCUACAAAACAGAUCUGUAAAGAGUUCACCGACCUGCUGGCUCAGGACCGAUCUCCCCUGGGGAACUCGCGGCCCAACCCCAUUUUGGAGCCGGGCAUCCAGAGCUGCCUGACCCACUUCAACCUCAUCUCACACGGCUUCGGGAGCCCGGCAGUGUGCGCUGCAGUCACCGCCCUGCAGAACUAUCUCACUGAGGCGCUCAAGGCCAUGGACAAAAUGUACCUCAGCAACAAUCCCAACAGCCACACAGACAACAGCACCAAAAGCGGCGACAAAGAGGAGAAGCACCGAAAGUGAGGAUCCCCCCCUCCCCCCUGCAACUCCUCUCCCUUCCCCCAUAUAGCCAUCAAUCCUCCUCCCUCUUCCCUGCACCCAGCACCCCAGGCUACAGCAACAGGAUCAGUGUCCUUCUGCCCAUCCUGUUCUCUGACUCUGCAAGACUGCUCUGCCCUCUCCCCACACCCCUUCCCAGCAUCCACAUUUCCAUUUGCUCCCAUUUAAGUCGCCCCCUCCCCCCCCCACCGCCACCGUCGUUUUACCCGAGUUUGGAGCCUAAGAGAACAGAACAGGGGGACGGAGCCAGCAAAGAAAAAAGUUCUGUCUUGAGUUUGUGAACUUUUUUUUUUAAAUAAAACAAAAGGAGGAAAAAAAACAAAAACAAAACAAAAAAGAAAAGGACCUUUUUUCUAAAAAUAUAUAAAAAAA